AUGGGAAAGAGAAAUUUUAGAAAAGGAAAAGGAGGAAGCGGUGGUGGUGACAAAAAGGGGUUUGGAAAAAGAGCAUCAGAUAAUGAAAAUUGGACAGAAGCAGUUAGAGAAAGUGCAGUAUGGGAAAAAUAUUAUAAAACCAUGAAUAUCAUUCCUGAAGAAGAAUGGGAUACUUUCAAGAAACAUUGUCAAGAUACCUUGCCAUUAACUUUCCGUAUUACUGGUUCCAGAAAACAUGCUGAAGAAAUUAGAGAAAUCUUUCAAACUAGACAUGUAUCAAAAUUACAAGAUGCGGAAUUUGAUGGAGUUAAAUUAACCCCCAAACCAUUAGCAUACUAUCCGGAUGGAUUAGGUUGGCAAUUAGAUGUUUCUAAAGCUGUCAUUAGAAAACAAAAGGAAUUUGCCAAAACUCAAAGAUUCUUAGUUGUUGAAACUCAAGUUGGGAAUAUUUCUCGUCAAGAAGCAGUUUCCAUGAUUCCUCCAUUAUUAAUGGAUAUUAAACCACAUCAUUAUGUUUUAGAUAUGUGUGCUGCUCCAGGAUCCAAGACCGCUCAAUUGGUUGAAGCUUUGCAUUCAGAUGAUGAAAAUAAAUUACCAACUGGGUUUGUUUUAGCUAAUGAUUCCGAUUAUAAACGUUCUCAUAUGUUGGUUCAUCAAGUUAAGAGAUUAAAUUCACCAAAUUUCAUUACUGUUAAUCACGAUGCUACAUUAUUCCCAAAAAUUAAAUUAAAUGAUGCCAAUGAAUUCUUAAAAUUUGAUAGAAUCUUAUGUGAUGUUCCAUGUUCUGGUGAUGCCACUAUGAGAAAGAAUGUAAAUGUUUGGAAAGAUUUCAGAGUCGGUAACGGACUUGGAUUACAUCCAUUACAAUUCAAUAUCUUAAACAGAGGUUUACAAUUAUUGAAAAAAGGUGGUAGAUUGGUAUAUUCUACAUGCUCCUUAUCACCAGUUGAAAAUGAAGCUGUUGUUGCUGCGGCAUUAAGAAAAUGGGGUAAGGAUCAACUUCGUUUAGUUGAUGUUUCUCAAGAAUUACCAGGAUUGAUUAGACGUGAAGGUAUUAGUGAUUGGAAAGUAUUUGGAAAGGAUAUGGAAUUAAGAGAAAAGGGUUCUGCUGAAGAUAUUCCAGAAACUGCAUUCCCACCAACUAGUGAAGAAGCCGCUGAAUUUAAUUUAAACCGUUGUAUUAGGGUUUAUCCCCAUUUACAAAAUACCGGAGGUUUCUUCAUUGCUGUCUUUGAAAAGAUUGAUCCUGAACAAGUAGAAGGAUCAAAAAGAGAAUUAGAAGAAGAAGAAAUUGAUCAAGAAUCAGAAGAAUCCAAAAAACAAAAAACCAAUACUGAAAUGGUUCAUAAACCUCAAAAGAAACAAAAAUUACCAAGAGAUGCCAAUGAAGAACCAUUUAUUUUCUUAGAUCCAAAUCAUCCUGAAUUACAAAAAUGUUGGCCAUUCUAUGAUGUCAAAGAUACAUUCCCUAAGGAUUGUACAUUAGUUAGAAAUGCCACCGGGGAACCAAUUAGAACUAUCUAUUAUGUUGCACCAAUUGUACGUGAUAUCUUAUCUAUAACUGAACAAAAAUUGAAGAUUAUUCAAGCGGGAAUUAAAUUAUUUGUAGCUCAACGUAAUGAUCUUGGAAGUUGUCCAUGGAGAGUUCAAACUGAAUCUUUACAUACUAUUGAAAGACAUUUAGGUGAAAAGAGACAUUUGAAGUGUAAUUUAAAAUUAUUGGAAGUUUUAUUCAUAGAAGCAUUUCCAAAAGUUAAAGAUAUUAAAGAAAGAGGUAUUGAUCCUGAAUUUUCUAAUAAAUUAGAAGAAAUGGAAGAAGGGUGUAUCUUUUUGACUGUUGAAAGAGGAGAUGGGUUAGAAGAUUUAUUCUUACCAUUAUGGAAGGGUAAGUCAAAUAUUAACUUGAUGGUUAACAAGAAUGAUACUCAUGAAUUACUUUAUCGUGUUUUUGAUGUUGAAACUUCUGCUAAGGAUGAAGGUAAAGAAAAGAUCUAUCAACAGAAAGUCGAAGCUGAAAAGAAAGCAAGAGCAGCAGCUGCAGCAAGUGGUGAAAUUGAAUCUACCGUUGAGCCAACUGAAGAAUCAACCGUUGAACCAACCGAGGAAUCAACCGUUGAACCAACUGAAGAUUCCGCGUUUGAAACUCCUGAAGUUGAAAAUUAA